AUGACUUUGUGGCAAGUGUGUUUCGUGUUUGCUGCUUUAUCGAAACAUUCUUGGGAUAGCAAAAAAUUUAUAAAUGCAACUGGAGAGAACCUGAGAGGGAACCUUCUCGAGAGAGAGCUCCAAUAUGUGGCCCAAAUUCAUGAUAAACUACAAGACGCUGUUGGAUGCAACGAUGUUGCAGUUCUCAACGUGGCGUUUGAUAGCGAAAGGUGGAAAAACGAAUCUCUUAUUGCAGUCAAAGUCGCCAAUCUCUUGACUUCUCUCUGGUCUGUGAAAUCGUCCGCUUCUGCCGAAUCUGUUGUUGAGAAUGACAUUUUACUGUUUCAAAUGGUUCGCUACAACGUCCGUUUCUCUCCAUCUGUUUUCGGAUCAGCUGUAUGUUUCGCGCCAAACUUGUACAAGGACUAUGAAAGGUUUUGUCCUUAUGCGUUCAGGGACAAGAAAUUGAACGGAAGCAUUCAUGUUACAGAUCUUGGGCAAACGGAUUACGAUUACACUACGAGCCCAAACGCUAUUUGGUGGCCUGCAAUCACACAAAAAACCAGAAAAAAGAGGUCAACAGAUUGGAUGAAAGUGACCGACUUUUAUUCAGUAGGAAGCGCGAAUGGAAUUUUCGAGAAUGAAACCCGCAACCGAUUACUUGUGACAUACGAAGAUGGUUUGUGGACUAGGCCGUAUUUCGAUUGUUUUGGUGGCAAAGAGUGGAUGAUAACCUAUCUUGCUCCAGUUUUAAACGAAACCAACGAAUUUUUGUAAGUUUGGUUUUUGUUCAAUAAUUUUGCCUCCAUCUCUUAUUCAUCUAUAAUCAUCGUUGUUUAAUUGUUUUUUUUUUAUUCUUAGCCAAGUGCAUUGGCUGGGUCUCAUGGUAUAGGAUGAGUGCGCUAUCAUUUGAGUACACUAUCCUAAAGAGCAGUUUUCUGUGAAACGAUAACAAAGUGUUGUUAAAAAGUAAAUCAACUGAAUCUAAGAAUAACAAUCGAUCCUCUUCCAGGUGAGAAUAGUCUUGUAAAGAACUCUUGACGAUGGCAGAGACUGACGUUUUUUUCGACAGGUUGUCGCGGCAUAUGCCACUACUACUGACCACAGUCCUUUCCCGGACUUCUCCAAGGCGGAGAUUAUCAUAACACGAUCAAAACUGUCUUAAACUUGAGUGAAGUCUUGACUUCGCCAGAAGUAAUAAAUUCGUCAACUGACUCCAUUUCGGUUUGCCUGGCACACGCGCUUCUCAAUAGUCCCGCGCGCGUAGUAAGUAAAAAGUCGUAGAGGAAGUUAUUCAUUUAAAAUAUGCGUAAAAUCGGCAUUCAGAAAAAAAGAAUCGCGACUCAAAAUUUAAACAUUGAAAUAUGAAUGAAAUUAUACAAAACUAUUAUUUCGCAAUCAUUUUCUCAAAUAAACAGCCUAUCGUAUCAAUUUUUAUGUCAAACUUUUCCAGCCGGUUUCAAUUAUUCAACCUUUACAUCAUCUUGUUGAGUUUUUGACCGUGAGAAAAGAGCAAAUUUCUAAUUUUCCAUGAAUUAUUUAGGCAGAGACUUCGCCGGGGUCGCAAAACGUUUUUUCUAGCGUAACGAUUUCACGUCAUACGUAAGUCUGAAAGAAAAAUAUGCGGAUAUCAAGGGAAAAGUCCAAAAUAUAUCAUAUAAAUAGCCUGAAUGGUAGCAUAUUGUGAGCACAAAACAACCCUCACAUUUGUUCCGGAUAACCCUGUUGUUUUUAGAAAUCGGUCGUUUUUAGGAGACCAAUCAAUAUAAAACCGGUUGAAAAACCGCAAACAAACCUGCCAGUUAAAUAAAAGAUCAAUGAAGAAGAAUGGGGCGGAAAACAAGCUGUUUGUCAUAUUGCACUUUCUUUUUCUCCGACAGUUAUUGUUUGCUUCCUUGCAUGCAAAUAUUUCAAAAUAUUUGAGUUGUAGUUAAUGAAAACUGCAACAUUUUUAUCGGGCUUAAUGAAACUGAGCGGCCUAAUGGUGUUUUUGCUGGGGGGAGGUUUUAGCUGUAGUAAUUACGCAGUCGUUGACCAUAUGCAAUUUUUGUGGGGAAACUUAGAACAUGGGCAGCUUACAGAAAAAUUGUAGUCUAAUCAACUGAGUUGAUCAUGUAAAUUGCCGUUGUGAAGAGUUUCUAAAGCUUAUCUUUCGAGCGUCGGCCCUUCGUCAGAAAGAAAGACUGAGGGCUAUCGUUUGAAAAGUUAAUUUUAAAAACUCGCCACGGUGGCCAAUUUAUAUUAACAAGUCAGUUAACAAACCAAAUUAUAUUGAAUUUUAACUAAGUGAAAUAAAUUAACUAUGUAACUAAUUGCAUUCAAAUAAGUCAUUUCUGCCGUUCGAAGUUGACUACUAAAGGGCCAACAGAAUAGAAGCAAAAUGCCGAUCAAUAUUUUUGCGAAACAAAUAAUGUUUCCCGCGUACGAGACUAAUGUUUCAACAUCUUUCAUUAUAUCAGCGAAUAAGCUUAAGAUUCAACACCUUUUUAUUUGGCAUUUGAUUCUGAACAGCUGCAGAACUGCUUGUAUUGGCUCGAUACAGGACAUUUGACGCAUAUGAGCCUUCAACACCCUUUUAUUUUGCAUUUGAUUCUGAACAGCUGCAGAACUGCUUGUAUUGGCUCUAUACAGGACAUUUGACGCAUAUGAGCCUGGUCAGUAUGUUACCGGCUCGGUAACAAUCUCGUGCAAGAGCUUCCGUUACCCAAUACAGCGGUCAAGGGUCAGGCAUGCGCAAGGGAAUCAAUUUUGGCCGGCUGUGCGGCAAUUUCCCGCGUAAAAUUUCAGGGAAAACAUAAAAAAAUAACCGCUGUCUUGCAAAACAUGCACAAAUAUUCAAACGUUUGUAGAAAUCUGCACAGGGAGACAAAAAGUAUGGGAAAGGAAAACUUGGGAGUUCCGAACACUAAAAAUGAUUGAUUACAGGUAUCCAAAUACUCUGGAUGCGAGAUUGGUUCACAAACGAGUUUGAAGAGCAUUCGACGGCGGGAUCAGAAUUAGCGGAAGUUCAAAGUUUCAUAAAGGAUUCAGACCUUUUUGGUCUUAAAGGCGUGAAAAUUGUUAAAAAUUGAUCUUUCUUAAGAUUAAGGGUUGCUGAGAAGGUGGGAACAGCUUCACGUUCUGCAGUCCUGGAAAUAAGACUUGGCCGAACAUUUUUUUUCUUUUUUGCUUCUUCAGAGCUUUAGUAAGCGUGGACAUUUCUCUUGAGGAUAUAGAUAUCGACCAGUGCGAUGCCCCAGACUCCGCUGAACAGCAGAGCUCAGAAGAGACUGGUGACCAAGCCAAACCAAACCACUUAAGCACAUUCAUGGGAACUCACAGGUGCAAAAAGAGCACAAAGGCAAGUUAUACAGACUAAGAAACAUCAAAUUCAUGCAGAUUUAAUUCCAUAACAAACUUAAAGGAAACCAUCCCUGCCCCCUCUCCGUACCACCCUUUAAUCCGGAAUAGCUAUCUUUUUGCAGUGUGUACCAGUCCCUUUCCAAGGAUUCAAACGCGGCACCUAUCGCUGUACUUGCAAACGAGGCUACUAUUUUCCAGACCCCACAGCAACUCGGAAAUACUUUCCCGGGCAGAUCCUGGAGGAAGAGUACGACAAGAUGCUGAGAGGCGAAUCGAACCUUUAUGAGCACCACUUUGGGUGCCUUGCUUGUAAUGAGGGCUGUGAGGAAUGUGUGGAUGGCAGCGCAUGCGUGUAUGAUGUGUAUACAAAGCUGAGAUAUUCUCUCCUUGUAAUUAACUGCCUCUUUGUCGUCAUUUCGUUAGCCCUCGCAGCAUUGGUGUUCAAACUUUGGCAGAAUAAGGUAAAGAAAGGGUAAGACCAGAACAGUUUGGGUUCGCAAUGCUCGUCACUGAAGUACUGAUUUCCAGGCCUCUGACUCUGACCCUUUUCUUUUUUUGCAUAGCAAGUUACGUUAUGCAUCCCUUUUUACCAUGUUUUAGAGGAGAGCACAUCUUUAAAUAAAAUACCACAAUUAUAAAACUCCACACCGUGUUACCGUCCCAAAACCUAAAAGUCAUAUACCACUGUCCAUGGGAAACGUUCUAAAGUUAAUGAACGCCGCUGUGUUUGAUCGAGUAAGUACGGAAACCAGAUGCUUGAAAGUUGUUUCUUAGAAUAUGAUUAGUCACCUGGUUGUAUCUGCUCUGGGCUAUGAUCAAAUGUCUCUAACCAAAUCUUGACAGAAAUUGUGCAUUUUUAUUAUGAUGUAUGAAAUGAAUGAGUUCACGGGCAGCUUUCUUUUCAGUGACAUUUUCUUUCCGUCUGUUAGAUAUUCAAAGCUUCCUGUCCACGUUUUCUUGAAGUCAUUAUCUGCGGAGCGAUAAUGAUGUAUGUAAAGGUACGUGAUUUGACUUGAUCAAUCAGUUAUUGACUGCACAACUAAUUUUAAUGAAUGAAUGUCUCUGUGAUAAGUAGACUUUUAAUGAGUCAAUUUUUUACCCGUAGUUUUUAGUCUUUUUGAGAGCCUCUGUAUGAUGAAAGAUAAACUAUAACUUAGACAAUGGUUAACAAUUAUUCACAGAAAUGGAGGUGAAUACCGAUGGAUAUUUACUGAGCCGCGAUAGAAACCGAAAAAAUAGUUUAGUUCUGUCAAUAUACCGAAAAAUGGUGAGAAAUUGAACUAUUGACGCGAGAUUUUGUCUCUUCGGCUGCUCGGAGGUGAAUAGUACUUGCUAAUCUCUUCCGAACUAGCCAAUCAGCGCGCAAAAAGCACUAUUUACCUACGUUGUAUAUAUGAAUUGUUGAUAAUGGUUACAUAGCGUACACGGGUGGGGCAAUUCGAUCGCGAAGGCCCUUCAAAAAUAAAUAAGCCACCUGGAAAAGCACCGGACUGCUGAGCGGGAGGUCCAGAGUUCGAGUUGCGCGAUGACUUUGUUAGUUUGUAAUUAAACCACGUUGGGAAAAAAUUGUUCCUCUUAGAAGACAUUAAACACAGCUUGAAACAACUCUGAAAUUUUUUGCGCUCGAUCCACUCGGCCGUUUUGUCACGUCGGCUCCCGUAAAUCCUCACCAAAAAACGUUAGGAAAAUAAUUCAAAGGUAAGACCCAUCAUCCCAGUUCAGCUGUUGAUGCAUGUCCCUUUCAUGAUUUAAGCUUAUCGUAUCGUUCCCUAAACCUUCCGAAGUGCGCUGCAUAUUGUCACCUUGGUUACAUCACCUGGGUUUCGCUUUGGUAUAUGGUUCUCUGGCUCUGAAGACAUGGAGGUAAGAAGCCUGUUGUAGGCCCUCAGUUAGUAAAGGGGAGGAAAAUUGUAAACGGAGUGUAAUGGUGACAGGGCGAAAAUGAGGGAGGUCUAGGUUGGGUCGCGUAAUGAACGCGACUCGAUCCAAACCUCCGUAGUCUUUCACUCCUCUGCUACUAUCACAUUAAGUUUUACUUGCUAAACGCCUGAGAGGCUGAGAGGCAAGUUUAAAAAGGUCAGCUUAGUAAAUGAUCACUGUAAAAAUGAUACUUUUCACGAACCAACCAUCUUAAAUUCCCUGACGAUCAUCCGCUCAUCUAACCCUGUGACCCCAGUUCAGGUUUUCGGACCUUCAAUAAUAGACGUGAAACAGCCCGCCCGUCAGAACUACCACUGUAAAAAAAAAAACAAACAAACAAACAAACAAAACACUCAUACUAGCAGUUGAUCGAUUGUAACAGUGGUAAUUCACUCCAGGAAGUUCAAGUUUUCCUCGAGAUGCAACUACUCUUGUCCUUGAAGGGGGAAUUAUUAUGAUUACGAUUGGUAAUCUUAAGCUUAAAGGAUUAAUGAUUCUUAUUCAAUAGUAACCAUGCAUUUCCCUUCCUUUUUUCUUUCGUUUUUCCUUCACUCCAGAGUGGUGUUAAUUUUCCGCGUGCGCUCCGCUCGUAAGUUGGCUAUUACAGACAGUGUGUUGCUGAGGAGAUUGGCAGUUAUUGUAUUGCUGUAUACAAGUUACUUGACCGUUUGGAUGGUGAUACAGCCACCUUCCAUCGAAUCAAGUAUUACCGCUGAUAAACUCAAAUAUGACAGAUGCUCGACAAGCUCGUUUAGUCACAUGAUCUUAGCAGGUAAACAAAACAUCCUAAAUCACGUAAGUGCCUAUCAGUGCUACUCAUUGUGGCCGGAUACCUAAAUACAUGGAUGUCUUAAAUGAAGCAAAAUCAAUCUGUGUCCAGGGAAGAUGAGAAAUCUUUAGGGUAUCUCUCUCCCUAAGAAAUGUGUUUACCGCGUAAUAAGCGCGCUGGAAUCUGGGUAGGAAAUCCCUGGUUCGAGCAAAGCCUGGUCCCUGCAUUAUUUUUUUCGGUAAGUACCCUUAUUCUCAUGGUGCCAUAAAGCAUUUCUCCACUCAGGACUUGCGACAAGAUGAUUGGGAUGAAUGCGAUGCGAUGAAUUAGCAUUCUAUUGAAAAAGAGUCAUGAUACUUCGAUGGACUGACUAUCAGAGACCGUGGUACACAAGCUAUGUUAUAGCAUACUUCAGAAGAUCCAUAAAUAAUUCCUGGAAAUUUUAAAGCUUUCCCUAGUACACAAAGAAUUAGUCAAAAUUUGCAUGUUUUUACACUUCUCUUCUUCUGAUAAUGUUUUAUUGAGUAUAUUUGUCAUAAGUACGAUCUGGUAAAACACUUUUUCCUGGAACAAUUCCAAUAGAGCAAGUUCCGUUGAUUAUUUCUUUCUUUCCCUCAGCUGACUUCGUAGUCCUUGCUUGGGGAAUGUGGCUCAGUUUCAAAGUGAGAAAAGUACCACAAGUUUACAAUGAAAGUAAAUUCAUCGGCUAUGCCAUAUACAACGCCACGUUUAUAAUCUGCUUCAUCAACGUGUUGAGGUAACGCAAAAUCAUUCUCAGGCUCCUGAGUUUCCAACCUCAUUGGUCUUUUUUCCUCGAACAAAAUAGCCCAGAAUCGGGCAUUUUUGUGAUAUUAGGCUUGUGCAGUCAUACAAACAAUGAGUGCUUAACCCUUUGACUCCUAAGUGUUAUUAACAUCUAACCUCUCCUUACAACAUCACCCCUGAAUCAAACAUUGAGAACAUGAGAAUAAAGGAAUUGAUCACCUGCGAAAGAUGCUCAUGAUUUUACAACAAAUUCUCCUUGACUGCACCCUAGGAAAUGGGUAACCGGUCGUUUCGCCUACGGGUCGUUUCGCCUACCGUCUGUUCGCCAACUUCUAGAGUCGGUUCGCCUACCUCCAAUAUGUCAGUUCGCCUACGAUUCAUAUGUCAAAGCUUAAAAACUGAAUUGUUUAAAAGUCCCUGUUGAACCUCGCAGAAAACUGAGUAUUAAGAUGAAAUAAACCCCCGUUCACGGUCUUUGUGUUUACUUGUGACUCGAGCGGUCUAUACUAAAGGAGGUGGGACUCUAUGCAUUACUGUUUUGACUGUUAGUUCGUGCGCUUUCAUGCAAUCCACAAACUUAGCUAUAUAGAUGAAAAAAUGUAUAUAUAACAGGUAAGGCGUUAUUUGUGUAUACUUGUGACUUAAGCGGCCCAUAAUGUAUAUUAUAAAAGGUAAGGCGUUAUUUGUGCAGACUUGUGACUUAAGCGGCCCAUAAUGUAUAUUAUAAAAGGUAAGGCGUUAUUUGUGCAGACUUGUGACUUAAGCGGCCCAUACUAAAGAAGGUCAGACUUUUCAUUAACAUAUCAUUCAAAAGGAAAAGGUACUUAAGAAAUUAGUUUGUUCCCACUUUACUUCCCGGUUCAAUGUUUAUAUCGAUGUUGCGAUUUGUUCUAUCAUGAACUUUAUAAAUUAGUGUUUUGUUAGUUCGUGCGCUUUCACGCGAUCCGCAAACUUAGCUGGAUGAAAAAAGUAAUGCACCUGCUGCCAAUUCAACAUCAAUUUUUGUUUCAGUUGAAUCAACUGUUUUAUACAAUGAUUGUCAUACAACGGAGUUUAAGACGUAGGCAAACUGAGAUAUUGGACUUAGGCGAAUCGACUCAAGACGUAGGCGAACAGACGGUAGGCGAAACGAUCCGUAGGCGAAACGACCCGAAGGCGAAAAGACCGUUAUUUAGGAAACGUAUAGAGAACAGCAUGGAGAAUAUGGAUACUGAUUUUAGAGUACAGUGUAAAGGGUUAAGGAGCUAAGUUGUUGAAACACGAGGGAAUAAAUAGUAUAUAGUGCUCAUAAACCGUCUUAGCACUAGACAAUGGAAAAGAAAGCACCCAGUCUCUCAACCAAUCAAAGCUAACAACUGAUUCCACGGGUCUUCUCGUCCGCGAGCGAACAUUUUAGAAUCAGCGAAGUCUGUCUCUUUCCUUUUUUUAAGUCAUUUUUCAUACGCUACUUUUAAUUAUAGUUCAAGCUGUUCAAUAAUCGAGUGAGCUUUUUCAAUAUCAUGCAAAUGUAGCUUCAUAAACAAACUCUCCAAGUGGAUGCAAUUUCGCGUCGUGACCGAAAAUGGCUCGAAUCUAACUUCUCGAUUCAGAUCAGAAUCAGCCUCUUUAAUACCAAUCAAAAAGUUCGUUUCAGAAUAGAAGGCACCGCCCUCUCCCACUUCCCUUCUCUAAUGAACGUUCCCCUCCUAAGGUUCCUGGCAGCAGAAUCUUAUAUUUAUCUCUUUUAGUGUUGUGCUAAGUAGCGGCUCAUCUCCUAACGUGAUGUACGCCAUGGACUUUAUAAACAUCAACAUUAGUGCCUCUGUCACGCUGAUGCUUUUGUUUUCCCACAAGGUACGACUAAAUGGGUUGAUUGCCGUAUUACCUUACAGCAACACCUAGUUCAUUAAGAAAGUGUUGACGCUAUAGAAACACAAUCUUUUUAUGGUUAAAAGGAUACGAUAAAAAGAUUAUAAGACCUCUCUCUAAAAUGUGAAAAUGAUGUAACAGUACUAGACCUCUGCUAAUCUCCUUCGCAGCCUUUCUUUGGUCUCGUCACGCAACACCCUCUCUCAACCGAGAGAGAGACAGAGACAGACAGAGACAGACAGACAGACAGAUAGACAGAGAGAGAGAGAGAGAGAGAAAGAGAGAGAAAGAGGGUGCUGCGUGACAAGACCAAACAAUGGCUGCGAAGGAGACUAAAAGUUUGCAGGCCUCCAUUUAUCACUGUCACACAAGAGUAAGGCACACAUGUCACUAGAGGACUGUAGGCGUGACCAUCAAAGUAAUGUAAUCUUCCCUAUCCCGAAACACGGAGAGCUGCGAGAACGCAAUGUUUUUUAUAUCUUACAUGUAACAUGAAGACGUGCAUGUAUAAACAUUAGCCUCUAAUUAGCGCGAAAACAUGUACAGAUAUUUGUCCGCGAUGCGAACAGCGUAAAAUCAGAAAACUGUUAUGGACUUAAGUUUUCAUGAAAAUUGAGGAAUUUUCUUGGAUAUCACCCAGUUUCAGCUGAGGAAUAUAUGUCAUAUGCUGUGUUUAGACCAAUCGCACGUAAGCAAAAAUAUUUGAUGGAUCAUAAGUUCUAAUGAUUUUAUCUAUAAUAUUCUUUGCAGAUUUUUUUAGCUUUGGCCUUGAGAAGUAACAACCAACGCACCUCUCCUCAGGAGAAUAAGUUAUCAGUUCGUUCCAGAGGGGAGACAUUUGCUAAGGAACUUGACACAACUAUACUCGGUGGAGAAAAUGACGAACUCAAGGUUGGCGUCGCUUGAUAAGUCAGUUAUUUGAUCACAAGCAACUCAUUGCGCGGCUAAAUUCUAAAAUACCUCGGCCUUGGGGGACUUGGAGAUACCACAAUUGUCUUCACGGGCUUGUAUCUGGUAUAUCUUUAGUCAGUGACACUUAACUUCGGUGCUGCAGAGCUCGAGGCCUUACUUUUCCAUCCUUUCUUUCUCCCUCUCCCUUACGUUUUUCUAUUUUUCUCUGUAUGUCUCUCAUUCCGGCUUUCUUCUUCAUUUCUAUCUUUCUUACUUUGUCUAUUGGUUCAUUUAUUUAUUUAUUUAUUCAUUUUUGAUAUUGUUUUGCUUGCUAGCUUGUCUUCUUGACUUGCGUCACGGACCUCGCCGAAAAGGAGGCGCUGCUCGUAGUCGAAUAAGUUUUCUAAUAUCUUGUCCAGUAUGAAUUUUUACAGUUAGUCUAUAAAGAUUGGCUGUGAUCAUUAUUUGCUGGCAUUUACCUCCAUUUGGCAAAGCUUGCACUUGUCGCACAAACACUCCUACACUUACAACUGAUAAUUAACCAUUUUCUUUUGCUUUUCCUCAGCGGGAAGUACGAAGACUUGCUUCCAAAGUUGCACUUCUUCAAUCUCAGUUGAUGACCGAGCGAAACAGACACGUAACGAAGAUUGGGUCUAGCUAAAAGGCUAAGUGUCAGACUUGCAGCCAAUUUGUCGUGAAUGAGUGACUUCCGAGUUCUUAAGUUUAAUAGAAUUAAGAUUUCAUAGCUCUCUUUAAAAAUCAUCAAAACAUU